GCUCUCACACGAUGGUAUUUAUUACUAGGGGUGAAGAACUGACUUCCUUUCAGCUAAUCUUCCAGUAAUUCCUACUUCCAAAGGAAUUAAGGUUGGAAACAUAGAGCCUCUUUCUGGCCAGAAGGCUGGUGAGCCUUUGAUUUGAGGUUAACUUUUUAACUCACUGCUAAAUUCAAACCCAUCAAGACAGUCUGCUGAAUCUAAUUCUUCCCAUUAUUAUUAGUUUUAUAACAACAGGAAUGUAUUACUAUCAGAUUUUUGCUUAACUGUUUAAGUUAGAUUGGAAAGAAAUCAACUCUGCAUCUCUAGAGUACAUACUGCAUUUAACCACAGUAAAUUUUGGGGGGUAUCAUUUGUCAAACUUGUACGACAAUGAACAGUGUGUUGGGAAGCAAAAAGAAGACAACCGCUGGCAACUAUUGAUAAGGAAAUAAUUGUCUGGAUAACUUAAGAUGCAAUCUCUGUUUGGCUUACAUUUUUCUCAGAUUAGAUUGAGUAAUAAGGACAUGCCAUCUUUAACAUAUACAUAUGCAGGAAAGGAAACUCCCAUAACAUGUCAUUCAUAAGCGUGUUGAAUAUCACUUAUGCUCAAGCACAUAUCUUUUUGAAUUAAGUCAGAGGGAUUUGGCAUAUUAUCUCAUUAUCAUAUUGCUGUAUAGUUUUAGAGAAAAAAAGUAAGUGUGAUGACUGAAGUUAGCCAUUUGAUGGCAGGACCCGAUUCUUUAUUUUUCUGAUAAUAAAAAAGCAGCAGACUAGUCUCAUCAAAAUUCCUCAAACCUUGCUAAAUCUUUGGCUGAGACAAAUCUUAAAAUAUUUUGUCUUGGAAAGUAAAAUUUAUCCACAGUUGAUAAAUGAGGGGGUUUGUACGUAAAUCAUCAUGUAACUUUAAACAGAGCUGUCACUGCUAUUUCUCAUACAUCACAGUCAGUUAUGUAAAAGAGAUCUAUGGUUUUGUAACACUGUCAGUGCAGAACUUCAGAAAAGUAGCAUCAACCCCCAUACAGAUAACUACACGAAAACAAGAAUACUUUACCAUUUGCUUUUCUUUUCAGGAUUCUUCAGUGCUGUAAGCAACUGUGAAACUUUGAGCAAAUCUAAUGCAAAGCACAAGUACAAAGAUAGAAUCAUAUUAAUCGUAGCCUUGGAAAGCUCCAAGCAAAAUAGCUUACAAAUAGUAAGGGGAGAGACACACACGGAUAUGCAUGCAAAAUAUUUAUAGUUAAGCUUUGUCCGUAGCUUGGGAGAUGCUUCAUGAUGGAUAAAGCCAUUCAGCAUCCUAGUGAGGUUUUGUCUAAUCAGACUAUCUCAAACAACAGCUAUUCCCAGUUUUUAAACUUUGAUACAUGUCAGCCUUCCUUCCCUGCAGUAUUUUUGCUUAUUACAGCUUACGCUUUAGUUACAAUAGUAGGGCUUUUUGGAAAUCUUUGCCUGAUUAUUAUAAUACAGAGACAGAAAGAAGCUCAAAAUGUUACAAACAUCUUGAUUGCUAACCUCUCUUUAUCGGAUGUCUUAAUCUGUGUUGUGUGCAUUCCUGUCACAGUUGCAUAUACCUUAAUGGACUACUGGAUAUUUGGGGAAGCUAUGUGUAAAAUAAGCUCCUUCAUACAAAGUAUGUCUGUCACAGUCUCCGUUUUCUCACUUGUACUGAUUGCUAUUGAGAGAUACCAGUUAAUUGUGAACCCACGUGGCUGGAAGCCUAGUAUUUCCCAUGCGUACUGGGGGAUUAUUUUCAUCUGGGGGUUUUCCCUUGUAAUAUCUAUUCCUUUUUUAAUAUUUCACCAAUUAACUGAUGAACCCUUCAAACAUCUGUCUUUCCAUAAUGACUUCUACAAGAACAAAGUUGCUUGCAUCGAAGCAUGGCCGUCUGUUAUGGAACGAUUGAUUUUUACCACUAGUCUGCUGGUUUUCCAGUACUGCUUCCCACUGGGGUUUAUUUUUAUCUGCUAUCUCAAGAUAUUUUUAUGUCUCCGGAGGAGACAUGGUAAAAUAGAUAGGAUGAGAGAGAACGUGAGCAGACUAAGUGAAAACAAAAGGAUUAAUAUGAUGUUGAUAUCAGUUGUUGUGACCUUCGCAGCUUGCUGGUUGCCUCUCAAUAUAUUCAAUGUUGUUUUUGACUGGAACUAUGAGGCACUAAUGAACUGUAACCAUAAUCUAGCAUUUAUACUGUGCCACCUCGUGGCGAUGAUCUCAACUUGUAUCAAUCCCAUCUUUUAUGGAUUUCUCAACAAGAAUUUUCAGAAGGAUUUGGUAGUAUUAGUUCAUCACUGCAGAUGCUCAGCAUCACAAGAGGAAUAUGAAAACAUUGCCCUUUCAGCUCUGCAAACUGAUAUAUCCAAGGGUUCUCUAAAAUUAAAUACUGCCCCUGUGAAUAUCUAAAAUCAUCCAAUAGCAGUUUCCAAAAUUUUGUAUUUUAUUGCAAGUGACCUUAUUCUGUAAGUCUUGUUCCUGUUACUGCUAAAGUUAGAGGAAAUUUUUGCCAUUUAGUUCAGCAAAAACAGGAAUCCACUCCCAAAGGCGCACUGUUAGCAGGCACUUUAUGACUAUAUUAACACUAAUAAACCACUUCCAAGAGUCUUAAAGAUCAAUAGCAAUGGAUUAUCAACAAUAUUAACAUCUUACUCUCUUAAUCCACAGUUUUCAGGUCGCUGACGUAGUACCUUAGCACAAUAAAAAUGUUUCCAUCUCAGCCAGUGACGCAGCUGACCUGCCUGAACGCCUGGCUUUGCCCAGUAAACCAUGGAUACUGUGGCACUCCCAACUUCAUCGGCCUUUUCACAGACAGUUUUCCAGCCUUCUAAAUUUUCAACCCUACGUGCCUCCCCUCUCAGCUGUCUGGUUGUCCUGCACAACAGCUUUUAGGCAAGUUUACCUUAGGGAAGGCCCCUAAAUUAUCCUAACCUCCACCAACAUCUUCUCAGCCCUAGUACCUCAUUUGCUUUGGUUUAAUACCAGUUCAGCCUAGAAAUUGUACUUUCACCAGGAAAAAGGCUAGUUACAAUUUCUUUUUUCACAUCAGUCUGAUAGGGGCCUCAUUUGAUGCACUGCAAAUUCCACCCAGCUUGCCACUGUUCAAGAUGAAACAUGCACUUAAUGUUUCCCCUAAUAGCACUGUACUCUCCUCCAACUCUCCUCCAACAAUGAUGUACAGACCAUUGCCUUCUUUGUUAUCCUCACCACUAGUCCUUAAAACAGGCCUUUUAGAACCUCCAUUAUCAAACAAACAUGCUAUGAAUCCAGAGUAACUCAUUUGUUUCAGCUAUUUAUACUGAUUAUGGGUUUCUCUUUGAACAGAAAAUUAGUUUUGUGCUUUAAUUUCAGAAAUAUCUUUCCCUCUUGCUGCCCUAGCAAGAGGCCAUGCCAUGCUUGAGGCAGAUGCCGUCAUUUUUGCUGGACUGUGUUUGACAAUAUUUUUUGUUCAUAACGCAGGGCAUGGAAGCCCAAAGGUGUAAUAAUGAAAGCAAUUUCUCUCAAAGUAAAACAUACUAAAACUCUUUUUCCAACUUGAUCGUAAAAAAUAACCAGAUAUAUUCUUCAUCUAUUCUGUAAUGGCAACAUAAAUAAUAGGUUCUAAUUGUGGUUUAAAUAAGACACUUAGAAUACCCAAGUCCCACAAUUCACCAUCUUAGGAGCUAACUUACGUUCUCUUGUUCAAAUUAUUUAAAUAUAAUUAGUUGUCUGUAACACUAAAGCCUUUAUUCUUUUGCGUUCCAAAAAAAAAACAGCCAUGUUUGUUUGAAUACCUGUAGGUAAAAUUCCUUGUAAAUUAUUCUCUUACUUUAGCCAUUUCCUGGUAUCCCAGUGAAGCAACAAGAAUUAACAUUCAGAUUACAGCCAGCUGCUUGAUGUUUAUUGUACAAUGAAACUUAACUUAAGGAUAUAAAUUUCUCUUGGUUAGGGACCAUCACUUGCCAUAUUCAUACAGCCCUUCAAAGAUUUAGUCAGGUCACAGUUCUCUUGUUCUGCUUCUACAGCAGGAGUGCAAACUGUCAGUGUUACUGUGCUCUCCCUGGGAGCUUGGUGAGGAGAGCCAGGCAAGCUCUUGCAAAUUUGGGUCAUUGUUAAGCGCUUCCUGAUUCACGCUGAGCAAUUGAAACCAGGACCUGCUCCCACUGAAGUCACAAGGGCAGCGCUGCUCACCAGAGUAAGAGUGGCAGAAUUAGUGGCACGGUAAUCAAGGAUCUGAGUAACAGAUGUGGAUUAGCUGUGACAUAAUUCAAGAUUUUUUCCUAAUAAGGUCAAAUAUAAUGCAUGUGAAAUAGAGUGCAGAGGUCAUCACACCUUAAACACCCGCUUUGUGCUUCACAGACAGAAAAACAGGAGACAGCUAAAUAUUUAGUAGAGGCUAAUGAUCAGACUGUUCACAGGAUCUUAGCAUUAAUUAUUUCCAUUAAUUCCAACCCUCAGUCAAAUAAAUCACUAGGCUCGCUUUACUUUACUGCUGAUACACAUCAUCUGCUUGUCCAGAGCAACAGGCAUUUAAGCAGGUAUAAAACAGUGAUUCAUAGUGAACAGCGCUGCUGACCCAGCAUGCAUAAUCAGAGUGGCUGGUACAUGUGUCUGCUGAAGGGGAGGUGAUGGAGUUUGUUCUCUGUUACACAGGUGCCAGUCCAGGGUAACUAAGUGAUUAAUUAUCUCCAUCUCACUUGCUUAACUGAGAGCAAAUCUGAUACUAAAAUUUCACUUGGAGAUUCCAGUACCCGUACAGCAAGUCGUUUAACAUUGUUAUGAGAUCAUUCACUGAAAGGACUGUUUCAGCAAAUGACGGUAGCAUACCUGCUAAGGCAAGCUUAUCAGCUAGCUUCCUCUGAGCUUCUGGAACACAAACCUCUGUCACAGUCUUUCUUAAAUGUAAACACACUUUUUACUGCUUCAGGGCCCGUGCUUAAAGCAGUUGACAAGCAUAUGCCAUAUAAUCUAAUUCAUCAAUAUUAGACACGAUAGUUCAGAUUACUCUUAGUUCUUCUCACAUCAAGUAUCUCAGAUAGUCUUCAGUGUCUGAAUCAGGCCCAGCUAAGAUUCCCCUGUGUGAAGUUGGCCUAAGUGGCUCCCACACCAGUAUCCCAAUCCUGUAGGCAUGCCCAAGCGUGCUUAACCUUUGUAGCACAGAUGUUUUUAAGUGCCACGCCUCAAAGUGGGAAGUGCUGUAUUUGUAUUACUUUUCAUGCCAGGGGAGGAAAUGUCUAAAUACUUCCAUUACAAAACUGCAGGUUUAGAAAAUUCUCUCCUGCUACGCGUAAGCCAACUUGACAAACACUAUGCAGUUUUGCCUUGUUUUCUCUCUUAGCAGUUUUCUGACAUGAGCAAGAUUGUGAAAUCCUGCAAAAGUGCCAUUAACAGAACAUCCCUGUGUGCAAACCUGAACUUGGAAUGAACACAGAGAAAAGGCCUACAUAUUUAACAGUGCUAUUCUUUAGAGCUCAGUGGUUUCAAUACAGUCAUGAGAUGAACGCUAGCCUAAACUAUAUAGUCAGUGAGCCAGCCGAAACUGCCGUCAUUAUAUCAGAAGGUCGGGAAUGCUGAUGGAUAGUCUCCCUUUACUAUCUUCCCCUAUGAGCGCUUAGACGGUAGAUUUCUGUAACAUUAAACAGUUGAACAAACAAACAAAAGGUUGCUAUUGCUUUUUGGAACACCAGUCGUCUGCUCCUGACAUCCUCACCAGAGAUAAGUAAUCAAUUUUUCCAGUCUGGUUCUUGGCAUAAGAGUGCUUCGUUACCAGCUGGAAGCUCUCUAAGCAGUGAGACUGCUUCAGAAUCCAGUGUGAAUAAUAACGCUUGUGCCUUGAUUUCUUCUUGUUGUUCCUUCCUUACCCUUUCAUUCAGAUCGAGUGCUGGUACUCCAUUUCUGCUCCGAGCAUUCAGUUAUCCAGUAUCUUUUAACAAAUCACUGCUCACUGAAUAGAGUAUCAUCAUUGUCUUGAAGAUGUCACCCUUCGUGCCCCCAUUACAGGCACUGGCUUUAUAUGCAGUCUGAUCUCUAAUUUCCGGACAAGUCAAUAGGAGUUUAUUGACUUUCAUAGGAACAGGAUCAGAUACACAGAGAGGUUACUUGUUUUUAAUACGUAAACAUUAUGAAUUCCAAUGUGUUAUGGUAGUGAUGUAUUUGUAACUGUGCAAUAUACAAUAUUCAAAGACUACUCAAAUCAGAAUAUCAUACUGACAAAUGUUGCAUGUGUUACGUAAUGCUGAGAAAUUUAUUUUCCCUUAUUUUAUUAGUACAGCAACUAGGCAAAGUUAUAACUGUCUUGCUCACUAGAAUGUUUUGUUACAUAAUGUAACCUAAGGGAGCACUGUGAGCUUCACUGGGGACGCCUAAACGUGGAAUUUUAAAAAAAAAAAAUCACUGCUGAGACUUUCUUUGUAUAUUUGGGUAGAGUUCUAGAAUACAGGUACUCCUUCUAGCUUUCUGUAUUUAAAAACCAGCAUUAGAGCUUUGUUCAAGUGGGUUAGUCACGUAG